AUGUCUAUACAUUGUAUCAUGAAGUGGAUGAUCACCGGCUCCCAUCAAAAAUCCGAGAGGGAGGUGACGCAACUUGUCCGAGACAUUAUCUUGGCCCCGGACUUCAAUGUUAAGGACUUGCAUAGCUUCAAUGCCCGUCACGCAAACCAGGUUUUUGAUCAGUCUAAUUCUCCCAGUAAUGACCCUUUCACAUAUGAUGGUUGGAAAGAGAGUGAAGUAAACAUUUGUAUUCCUACUAGGACAAUGGAUGCAAACGGAAAUGGUAAAGUUUUCUCUAUUCCUCACUUCAGAUACUGCCCUAUUACCUCGGGUCCUUCAAUCGGUCCUUUCCGAGGUCUCUGCAAAGGGGCUUCAUCUGUUUUCUUUCAAACAGUUUUGGGUUCCUCCCUCUGGUGGCCCUGA